GUAUACAAAAUAUUAGUAAGGACUCUACUCGAACUCAAGCUAAGGCUAAGACUAAGAGCUAAGCUAAGGCUAAAGCUAUAUGGAACUAUGGAUGUGAAAUUUUAAUUUUUACCUGGAUCUGUUAAUUCACGAAGUAAGUUUUCUGUUUUUCUAAUAUUUUAAAAAUUGCUUUUAACUUGCUUAAGGCACUUAAGCCUAAUAAAUUAUUAUGAUUGGGGUCAUUGAGUCAUAGUCAUUUUUGUGUUGACAGUUGAGUAUGUCCCGGCACCGUAUAUACUAAUAUUUACUACCAAUAGUUAAUUAAUAGUACUAGUAGUUGUAGUUGUAGUAGGCUAUGCUAUAACUAUAAAUUAUAAAUAUAAAGAACUGGUAGAACUAAUAACUAAGUCAAUAAGUUAAGUCUAAGACUAAGUCAUAUCCCAAUUGGCGAAUUAUGCAAAUUAUUUGAUCAUCGAUAGUUAUUACAGUCCGUCAGUACUGUUGUAGACUGUAGUCUGUAGUAUCAUUAAUAAUUAAUGAUACUGUCACUAGUAACUAAUCAUGAUUUAUGACUAACUAGUACAAAGUACAGUAACUUAUCUAAAAAAUAAAUAAGAGAUAAGUCAUGACAUGUUUGAGACAUUUAGCAGAUGAUUAUUGAAUAAUCAUGAAUAAUUUAUUCAUUAUAUUAUUAUAAUUAUAUCAUUUAUUCAUUAUUGAUUAAAAUGAUUAAUUUACUAACUAAUCAUAAGUAUUUAUUAAUCAUUAAUUAUUUUGUAUUUUAGCAAUUCAAUAAUUUCAAUAGAGCUAAUUAAUGUAUUAAGUAAGACAAAUUAAGAGUAAGACUAAGACUAAAAGUAAAGAUCAAUGUCACUCAUCAUAUCAGAGGAUUAUCUGUGCAGUUAAAAACAGCAUUUCUGAUUUCAUUCAUCGUGAUUCAGUUGAGACAAAGUAAAAUUAUAUAAAUUAUUAGGCCUUCUUCUUUCAAGUACUGACGGUUUUCCCUGCAGCUUCCAGCCACAUUGUGAUUGUCUAUGUCUAUAUUAUUAGCCUCAGUCUCUCAGUGUUUGGGAUAUCAUUGGAAUGAAUUUAUAAUUUUUUGCCAAAUAAAUUACAUUUAUAGUUAAAAGAAUGGCUGCUACAGGUAAAAAUAUAAAAUGUCAUGAAAGGGCCUAUUAGUAUUGGAUUAUUAUAGUUAGAAAACUGACAGUCUAUAGACUAUAGCAUAAUUUACACAGGCAGCUCUCAAUUUACAGACAUUGGAGAUAUAUUUUUGUUUAUGUUUUUUUUUUUUAACUUAAAAUAAAAUGAACUAUUUACUAUUGCAUCUUGCUGUUAUUUUUCAAUAGUAUGUUUCUUUCGUUGUUUAUAUAUGAAAUAAAAACAUACUUAAUCAAUAUUUGAUGGAAUGAUAGAAGAAUUUGUCGUAUAUAAGUUAAUUGUGUAUAUUUAUGUUAAUUGACAAAUAAUGAAAAAAACAUAUCACAAACAAGCUCUAGGAAUGGCAAUCCUUUGGAACUCGAGAACUGCCUUUAAUAUAUUUCUUGGUUAUAAAUUAUAUGAUGAAAUUAAAAUAAAUAUAUUUACAGUACAGAAUGCAGGUUUCCUCCAUUUUGAAGCUCUUACUUAAAGUUGCAGCAAAGGCCUCACAGAUAGCUUUAAUUAUUAGGAAGGAGAAACCUCUCGUGGAACUUUUAAUAGAAGAAAAGAUAGGACUAGAGAAAAAUAACAGAUUUUUUCAAGACUUUAAAACUUUAGCAGACGUUUUAAUUCAAGAGACUGUUCGUCACUAUAUAAGUGAAAAGGUAAAUAGUUUGUUUUUUUGGUUAGGCCUACUAAAUUUCAAAUGUUGUAUUGACUAACAUGUACAUUAACAGUGUACAAUUUAGAAAAGUUAAGAUAAUGUUGGUUUUAAUAAUUAAAUAUUUCAGUAUUUGAGAAUAAUGCAGUUAAUAAUAUGGGCUUAUAAUUAUAAGGAUGCCGGCUUAUUGUUUUUAAUUUUAAUGAAAUUCUGUUGUGGCUACAUUAUUUUUCCCCAGGUACCAAACAUAGGAGCUAGUGUGUAUGGGGAAGAAAGUAACAGAUUUACAAAUGCAGUUGGAGAUUCAGUAGUUGUCAGAGUUUGUGGCACGUGUGAAGAGACCCAGGAGCUACUUAGUAAUUACACUAAUAAUUUAGAUAUUAAGUAAUUACACUAAUAAUUUAGAUAUUAAAUCUUGUAGUUCAAUGAUUCAUCUUUUAAUUAUCUAAAGUUAAAAGGUUCUUUUACCAAGUUGUUAACAUCUACAUAUUGCCAGAUAAUGAAUAUCAGGCAUGUAUAAGAAAGCCAGAUUGAGAGGAUGGUCUCAGGCCAGAUUAAGGACAAGAAAAGUCUGGUUCAAAUCUUUACAUUUUUUUCAUAUUUUCCUUCCCCGUUCACUUUUUAUGGAUGGAUUGCUUUUAUCAUAAGAUAUUUUCAAGAAACUUUAAAUGACAGCAAACCAAUAGGUUUUUCUUUUUAAAUAAUAAAAAAACAUUCAGACUGAUAAGAAAACUCAUUCUGAUUGUACUCUACUAUACUUAAAAUUUUCCCAUGGUCAAGUAAAACUUUGCAGGUUGGUUUGGGCUCAUGGGGAGGGCUUUGCCAUAUUUCAGUUAUUUACAGAAGUAAUUCUCUUUCUAUUAAUUUACCUUACGAAAGAAUUGAAUUUUUUUUUGCUCUAAAAGUGUAUUUACUGAUUCAUUAAGAUGCACUCUAAAAUGACUUUAACACUCUUAAAAAUUCUCACUUCAUGUAUUAAGUAUUAAUUAUUGGUACUUAAUUGCUAUUAACAUGAUUUUAGCAAAUUAAUUUUAAUUUUCAACAUUGAAAACAAACCACUGAAAAAUCAUUUCUUGCUGUUUGCUCUAUUUCUAGAAUGUCUUAUAACAGUUUUUUAAUCAAUUUUUUUCUCAGAAAAGGUUUUAAAUGGAAAUAAUGAAGCAGCUCUUCUGCUGGCUGAGGCAGUGCAUCGCAACACUGAUGAUAUUUCAUUUGAUGAGAAUAGUUUUGAUAUUGAUGUUGACACCUGUGACUGUGGGAUAUGGAUUGACCCAAUAGGUAAAAAAAGUUAUUCUAAAAGUUUGACAGGCCUUGCUCUAAAUUUACAGUGUACUUAACUUAUAAUACUUUGAGUUGUUUCAGCCUUUAAAUUUUUGGCAGUAUACAACCACUGAGCGAUAUAUAUAUAUAUAAAGCUUAGAAAUUCAAUUGAACAUGCAAAAAAAAAGCCGAAUUAUGCUGUAACUCUCUAAAGGUGUAAGUUAGAAGUUUUCAAAAUGGAAAAUCUCGUCUAAAAAAUGUUAUUAAUGGAAAAAAUUUUUUGGUCACAUGUUCUUAUUACAUUAUGUUUGAAUGUCAUCUGUACUGUUAAAAUGAGGGAUGAAAAAGUGAUAAAUUUUAGGAGAAAAUUUUGAUGAUAUGAAAACUGAACUUUUUCAGCAGCUGAAACGCAAAUUGAUGACAGAGAUUCAAUGAUAAAAAAUUCAAUGUCUGAAAUUAGACUUUUGGUUACUCAAAUCUGAAUGUUAAAUUUAGCCCAUGUAAAUAUAUGGAUUAUAUAUAAACACAUUAUAGUAACGCUAUAUUGAAGGCUGAACAUUCUCCGGAUUACCUUACUUCUAGAGCAGUGGGUCCUUUAGUGAAGGGUUCUGCAAUUUUUUGUGUGUGAGGAGCCAUUUUAUAAAUUAUAUUAUUUAUUAAACAUGCUAAGCUUAUAUUUGGGAUUCUCAUGUCAUUAUAAAUUAGUAAAGAAACAGAGACUCAUAUAUUCUUUCAAAGUUUCAAAGUGGCGCAUGCGGUUUAGGAGCCCCAAGUUGCGGACCACUGCCUUAAUUGUUUUCUGUAGACAAUUUAUGUAGCCUAUCAAAAGGUCAAAAAAUCUUUGCCUUCUCUAAACUUAAAAUUAAUAUUUUCCUGUUUUGAAAUCUCAAUUAACAUGUUAUUUUUAGACCCAUGGCAGCAGAACUUUGUUUUAUUUCUGUUCCCUGUGUAAGAGACUGCUUGUUCAUAUAACUAGAGCUGUCAGUUAUCAAUGCUUAGCUUACAAUGGAGUAGGUUCAUUUUGGUAAAAUUGAGUGCCCUUUCUUAUUUUUAUGACAUUCGUGUUUUAAAAAGAUUAUUUAUUGAACCCACAUUGUAAUUUAAUAUUUCAUUUACAAAAUCAAACAGUUAUUAUAAUUUUUUUCUUUAAAGAUUCAACUGGUCAGUACAUAAAAGGACAGACGGGAGAAAAAGAUGAAUAUGGAAUGGUUGUUGAUGGCUUACAAUGUGUGGCUAUUCUUAUUGGAAUGUUUGAAAAGUCAUCUGGAAAACCCAUUCUUGGUGUGGCAGUGCAGCCAUUUGCUGAGUUUAAUGAAGAGACCAAUAAGUAGGUUAAUAUUGAACCCAUUUUUUUCCCUCUCCCCUUUAAAAGAAUGCCUUAAUUUUUUAUUUUUUUUUACAUCCAUGAUGUUGCAUUAUUUUAAGACUAACAUGUAACAGUUAUGUUAAAAUGGCACUUAAUAGAAGAAAACUAUUGUUACCUAUUGAUACAAAUAUAGAAAAAAUUUGACAUCAAAAUAUAUUUAUAAUUAAAAUUUGCUUAAGUUAUGUAAAUUAUUUUUCACAGCUGGUCCUCACAGACUGUAUGGGGUGUAUGUUACAAAGGAGUUAAGAUGACAUCCUUGAAACCUGUUGUUGAAAUACCCCGUGAUGAUGCUAGAGUUGUACUCAGUAACAGUGAGUCUGAGCAAGUACAAAACACACUCAAGUCAAAGUUUCAUCUUGUCUUUGCUUCAGGAGCCGGAUACAAAAUCUUAGCCACUUUUUUGGGAUUGUCCAAUGCAUAUGUCCUCUCCCACCGCUCAAUAUAUAGAUGGGAUUGCUGUGCUGGCCAUGCCAUACUUUUAGCUUUAGGGGGAGGCAUAGUCAGCUAUAAACAUGCUCUAGAGGCUGCCAAAAAAUCACCUUCCCCUUUAACAAAAGAUGAUCUGAAUCAACUUCAGGUGAAUUAUGUGAGUGCAGCUGGAGCUAUCAGUAGCAGAAGAAGCUCCAUAUCUGAUGGUACAGAGAGCUUGCCAGGUAUCAUUGCCUAUCGUUCAGUGAAUGAUGCACUAAUUAUUCUCGAGUUGCUCAAAAUCUAGAUCUGAUAUUUAGAUUUUAUUGUGUACUGUUAACUAGUUAGUUUCCUUCUGUUGUAAGCUAUUUUUAUUAUCCAAAACUAAAUAUUUAUCUAUGUAACUGUUGUAUAUGUCGGCUUAAUUUAUCACAAACCAAAUGCAUUUUUUAGUUAUCAAUGAAGGUUCGUAUCAAUUAUAUUGAUGGUUUAUAAUUAUAUAAACUGUACAUGUAAUGGAAAAAUAAGUGUUUUGAAAUUUUAAAAAAUAAUUUAUACUUCUGUAAAUACUCUGCCUUAGACUUAGACUCUUAGCCACAUUAUAUUUGGUGAUAGUCAUAUUUGGUUUACACUUAGAUUGUUAAAUAUUUUACAAUUAGAAAAGUACUAAUUGCAUAAUUGCAAACUUUACAAGAAAUCCAUUAAAAUAUCUUAGAUAUUAAUGGUAAUUUUUCCCACUGAUGGAGUUCUAUAACCUAUACAGGGCCGGUGCUAAGAUGCUGGGGGCCUUCGGCAUAUUGAAUUUUGUAGGGCCGCUGAUGUUACAUACCCGGUCGAUAGGAUAUUGCGACACGUUAUAGUAGGAUAUUGCGUCACGUCAUAGUCAUACUGGGUCUUACUGGUCAUAAUGAAACACAUCAUACGGGGUAUAUGUUCACUUGCUUAGUUUCCAAAUUUCUUUCUUUUUUUUCUUCUUUUUUUUUUACAAACAGAUGAAUUGCCCUAAUGACUCGUUUGUGGCACAUUUUGGCUCAGUUGAUGCUAAUCUCAUGGUUUUCAAAAACGAAUUUUGAAAAACAAAACUGAAUGACCUAUACACUUUCAAAGAGACAGUAUAAAUGUAAAAUAAUAUUUCUUUUCAGACAAUAAUCAGGGAG